AUGCCCGUGUUGAUACCCCCAGUUGAGCGCAGUCAGGACACGCGUGUAGGGCCUCCAGCAUGGCGCGAGGCGGCCAAGGCCCUGACACAGAAGGUGCACCAGCUGACCGACCGCUGCGAGCAGGAGGCGGUGACCAUGUGGCAACCCAAGGACAGCGUGCGGGACCCACACGUAGCGCGCCACCUCUGCAGGGCUGCCUACAUCCUGCCCUGGCGCUUCCGCGUGGAGAUGCUCAAAGGUGGCGGCACCAUGGAGAACCUGCAGACGGCUGAGCUGGUGCACGCGCACGCCCGUGGAGCGCGCCUCACCGCGGCCCGCCUCGGCCGCGCGCAGCAUCAAAUCAAUGGGCAGCUACGGCUGCUGCAGCGCCAGCGGGAGGCUACCGACCGCAGGCUCAGCGAAGUGCGCAAGGGACUGCUUAUUAACCAGCAGAGCGUCAAGCUGCGGGGCUACCGACCCAAGUCUGAGAAGAUCCCUGACAAAGCUGACAGUACGCUUACCUGGGAGAAAGAGGAGCUACAGAGCAUGAAGAGGAAAAUGGAGAAAGAUAUGGAAAAAUCAGAGGCUCUGCUCAAGGCCCUGGCCUCCUGUCGUGACACUCUGGUCUUCUGCUGUAAAGAGAGGCUCCAAGCUGUGGAGCUAAUGAACCAGCCGUUGGACAAGGUUCUAGAACAGGCUGGCCGCCACUCUUGGGUGAACCUCUCCCGGGUUCCGACCCCGCGCACUCAGGGCCUGAAAACACCGCCUCCAGACCCCGUGGGCACCUACACCCCAGAGUGCGCCACCGCGCUGUAUGAAGCCAAGCGACUGUUGAUGGAGUCCAAGGACACUUUGCUAGAUAUGGCAAAGAACGAGGAGGACAUCCGGGAGCAGCAACAGCAGAUAAGCGACCGCGUGUGCGCCUCCCUGGCGCAGAAAAUGCGCGAGACUUUGGAGCUGAAGGAAAAAAUGAACAUGACCUUAGGGCUAAUGAGGGGAACUGUCCACCGGUGCACAAAAUUCAACCAGGAGAUGUACAUCACCCGUGACCUCAUCAAGGGUCCUUUAUCCAAAAAUUACCUGGAGACUCGAGAGAAGUUGGACAGACCUCUGGUGCGCGUGUACCAGAGACACGUGGGCACCCAACUCCCCGAGGCCACCCGCCUCGCCCAGGGCACUGACAAGCUGCAGCGCCACAUCUCCCAUGUGGAAAAGAACCUGCAGGAGCUGCUUGCCAUGCGCGACAAUCUCACCUGGAGCCUCAACUGCAAGAAGAUCGGGCAUGACGUGGACUACAACGUGGUGCGCCUGCGCCUCCGCCAGCGGCACCCGCACGUGUCUUAUGAGCAGGCGCAGAACCUGGUCAACGACUGGGACCCACGCACGCCGCCGCGCCCUGAAUCCAGCACCUACCCCAAGGGACAGGUGCACCUCUGA